CUUGUGUUGCACAACACAUUACCACUUGUUCGAGAGCGCAAAAUGACCUCUGUUUACAUAUUUGAAAUAUAUUUGGCUCAAAGUGGUGGAUAUUGUAAGUAAGAGGCACUUUAAUAAAGACACAAUAUGAUAUUAGAUGACGAAAUUCAGCGGCGAGGUGGACUUUUAACACUGCAACACACUCUUCGUGUUGACCUAUUUAACUGAACGGGCCAGCGGCAAACACGCGAGUGUCACAAAUGGAGUAAAAUAAACUUCUAAUAAAGAUGCAGAACAUCUUUAGAGCGACACGUCGUGCGUUAAAACCCAACCAAGGCUGCUUCUCUGGGAUGAGUACGGGAGAAUUAUCCAAGGACGUAUCAGAAUGUUCCCAGCACGAUGACACAUGUUUAACGAAGGAGGCUUCUCUCUACAUUCACUGGCCUUACUGCCUGAAGCGAUGCUCCUACUGCAACUUUAACAAGUACAUCCCUAAAGACAACAAUAACCACAUAUUGACCCAGUGUCUUCUGCGGGAGACAGCGACUCUGCUGCAGCUUAGUCAAGUGUCCUGCAUCACCUCUGUGUUCUUUGGCGGUGGGACCCCAAGCCUGGCGCACCCCUCCACUGUCUCUGCCUUGCUGGAAACCGUCUCCAGGCAUGUGGGUCUUGCAGACGAGGCCGAGGUCACGUUGGAGGUCAAUCCAACUCCUGAGGGGAGGUCAAAGUUGGAGGAUUUUAGCCAAGCAGGGGUUAACCGUUUCUCCAUUGGGGUGCAGUCUUUGCAGCAAGAGAGCUUAAAACUCUUGGGCCGAGACCACAGCCCCAGUCAGGCUGUGCAGACCAUCGAGGAGGCUCGCAGGCUGUGCCCGGGGAGGGUGUCGGUAGACGUCAUAUUCGGACGCCCCAACCAAACCUUGCAAUCCUGGGAGGCGGAGUUGUCAGAGCUGCUGAUGCUGAGCGACGCGCAUGUGUCUCUCUACCAGCUGACCCCGGAGCGAGGAACCUUACUCUUUAAACAGCUGCAAGGCGGUGAACUGGCGUUGCCCAACGACCACCAGAUGGCGGAGAUGUAUGAGAGCGCCAGAAGGAUGCUGAAGGAGCACGGCUUCCAGCAGUACGAGGUGUCAAACUUUGCCAGACAUAAUGCAGUGAGUCAACACAACAUGAACUACUGGAAGGCAGGACAAUACAUCGGUGUUGGUCCAGGAGCACAUGGCCGCUUUGUCCCUCUCGCUGAGGGAGGUGUGCAGCGUGAGGCCCGCACACAGACCUUGGAGCCUGACCAAUGGAUCCGCGAGGUCCGGCAGAUGGGACACGGGACAAGAAGGAGGAUUCUUCUGGGACGCCUUGAACUACUGGAGGAGGCCUUGGUGAUGGGAUUGAGAACGACAGAGGGCAUCACUCACAAGGACUGGCAGCUGUUCAGUCCACAGCUGGCCCUUGGUGACAUCUUCGGCUCAUCCGCUGACGUCCAAGAUUUCUUCCACGGAUGCUCUCUGAUCCUCGACGACAAAGGCUUGCGCUGCUCAUGGGCUGGUCUGGCCUUACUGGACAGCCUGCUGCCCACCCUGCUCCUGGAACUGGAGAGGAAAGUCCCCCCUUCCCCAAAAGAGUCCUGUUUUGGGGAAAGUAGCAAGUCUUGUCAAGUCAAAAGGCUCAAGUCCAAGUGAAGUCACAAGUCAUUGAUGUUAAAGUCUAAGUCGGGUUGCAAGUCUCUUUACAUUUUGUCAAGUCGAGUCUAAAGUCAUCAAAUUCAUGACUCCAGUCUGACUCGAGUCCACCCCUCUGGGUAUAUGUAUUAAUGUCAAUUUGUGAGAGAGAUUCUGUUUCCAGAAUGAAUGUAAAUACAUUUACAUUAAAAAACAGCUGCAUAAGAUUUUCGUUUUUUUGUCAUUCCUAUUUUUAUACAUUUAUGGCUCUAAAAAAAAACGCCAGGAUAUUUUGCAGAGAACUUUUAACCUAAUGUCCACGAUGGCAUUGUCUAUGCAAAAAUGCAAAAAAAGAGUAGUGCCCAGACGUGGGAACGUAAACCACUUUCUAGCAACUUUUUCCUGGUUCACCUUAUGGCCUACUUUAUGGUCAGGGUGUGCUGUCCUGACUUAGCACACACACACACACACACACACACACACACACACACACACACACACACACACACACACACACACACACACACACACACACACACACACAGACAGAAAGGAGGAAUAUACAACUGAUGAUUUGGCUUCUCCAAUUUAGGAGUGCCUUUUUUUUUUUUUUAACUUGACCUCCUCCAGGAACUGCAGUCCUGUAUAAGGAGGCUCACUUGUAAUAAAGCAACUUUUAGUUGAGUAAAGUGUCUCCGACGUCUCCUCUGAUCCAGCCGCACUGUCGUGUCGCCCUUCUGUCCGGACCAGGAUGACAAGACCAGAAAUACACAUCAAUUUCAAAAUGAAACAGUUUUUAUACUGAUUUAUAAUCUUGAUUUCUUAGUUUUUCUAAAAAGCCAGAAAGUAGUUUAAAGUAGUGCUCUGAACUCAAAACACAAAUUGUUCACUAAAAUGAAGGGUGAAUGUUAAAUUGUUGUCCUUACAAGUACGUUUUUUGGUUAAGAUACAUCAUUUCAAAUGAAUUGUACAAUAGUACACGUGACUAUCUGCUUGUACUAUUGUACUAUGUGCAGGGACGUAAGAGUACUCAGCAUUGAGUGACCCACACCACAACAUUACUGCGCUCUGCGGUGUAACGUCACGUUAAUUCAGUGGUACUGGCAGGUAAAAACACCACAAGACCAGAAGGUUUAAGAAUGGUUUAUUUGGUGCUCGCCAUCAGAACAUACAAUUUCAAAUGCAACCAUUCACCAAAAGAAAAUCAAAAGGCCAAGGUUGUCGUGUACUGCAUGGGAAAAAAAAGCCAUAUUCAAAAUAAGCAUGUUCAAAAAUCAUGUACCUCUCCCACUAUGGUAAAAAACUUUUUCCCACCCAGGUGCAGCAGAUUGUGUAUAGCUUGCAUUUUCCUUUUUGUUUCUGCUUUAGUGGAUUCUGCCUUGGAUUUUAUAGCCAAUUUCUGUCUCUUCGACUCCCUCUCCACUUCUAACUGAUCCAAGUGCAAAAAUCAUAAAGAGUACAAUCAUUAUUAUUAUCUAACUUAAUUUUUCUGAUUAGCGAUUUGUAAUGUAAAGCAUGAAAUAACAAAUAUCUUGCUGUCAUGUUUGUUUCAAAAUGAUUGUAGGUCGGAAAAAACAAAGAAAAACGGAACAUAUUUUUAAAAUAUUUUUACACAGAUAAAAAAGACGUAUUCCCGACUAUCGACUGACAAAUGACAUGCCUGCUAAAGGUGCAAAUCAAUAGAAGCAAGAUGAAAGGCAAUAUUGGCUUGAUAAUAUAUGAACUCCCUCCAAUGGUUGCCAUUAAAAUUGUGGUCAA